AUGGCACCCACCACCCAACCCUCCGACUUCGAUGUCUUCAGCGACACGAGCCUAGACACCACCAGCGGAGCUGACCAGUCCAGCGUUGAUCUUGGUAGCAACAAGUUUGCCGCUUUGCGUAGCAUUUCCGUCUCCAACACCCAGAAUUCCCAGUCCAGGCAACCGGGCGCAGGCCGUGCUGUGGAGUCGCUGGCUGCUGAGCUCAAGAAGCUGCACAUAGGCGAACCCCACGAGAUCAGCCAUUUCAAAGGCAAAGCCAACGCAAAGCCUCAGACCGGAACCCGCCUGGCACAAACUGCAGUCGCACACAGCAACUUUGAAGUGCUUGAAACAGUCCCCGAAGACGAGAAUCACAACCCCUCCGGAUCCGCGGCUGUUAGUGUUUCGGAUAAUAGCCAACAUUACAUCGAGCUCUCAGGUAAGAUAUCUGCCAUUGAUCUGGCUUACCACGCCCGUCUUUUUCUAGCGACGCUGACAUUGCGCCUUGAAGCGAACAAUUACGCCCAACAUCCUCUGGCAUUAGCCGCGCGUAACCUGCCGUCCGCCCAGGACCAACUCCUGAAACAUCGUGAAGGGGACUUUGAGUGGGUACUUACCUUCAAGAUUCCGAAGCAACCGCGAAAGCACAGUGAAUCUACUACAGCGGGACGUGCGACAUCUGGCAAGACCACCAAGGUUUUCUUCGGCUGCAAUUUGAUCCCAAGCACAGCGCCAUCCGAGGGCAGCACCGGAGACAAGGGCGACCUUUCGCAACCUACAUAUACCCUCCUAAUUACGCCAUUGGAAAACAGCCCCGAACUAGAGACUGCGACAGAGUCUGCAAGCGGCGGGGACGAUAUGGCUCUGGCAAGGUCCGAAGUUGGACAUGUUACGCCAGUCAAGGCGUUUCAUUCCCAGCCACAGGUCAGGAUCGAGGAGGUGUCACCAGCGUCCGGCCAAGUACCAGAAGGAGAUAGUUUUGUAGAGAUCAUUACGUCGAGAACACCACAAAGGCCGGCUGCCCGGAUCGAAGAUUCAUUCGAGGCUAUCGACAACCUUGAAGAGCAGCUCGAGGCGUUCAAUGUUGCUGCUCAUGUGAGCAAUGUGGCCUCGCAUGAUGCAGAGAGGCUGCCUUCGAGAGCCAACGGACCUGCUUCAUCAUCGAACGCUCAGCACGAGACGAAACACUCGACUCCUCAACCCCGGAAACCAAGCGCUGGGGCAGGCAAUUCCGCAGGCCUGAAAAGGUCUCCAAGCGUCCGCAUAUCGCCAUCCAUGGCCCAUCGUGAUUCGCCAAAGCACAAGCUUGACUCACCAAAGUUGAAGGUGGAGGAUAAACCGCUGGUUCAGGCUCCGCCCAGAAAACCAACAAACAAGGGUUUGACGAGCCUGUUGCCCCCCAAGCAACUGGCGAAGUCGUCGAGGCCAUCUACUGUCCCCACCUUUGAGCUCCCUGGCGAGGCCGUUGCCCGUCGUCUGAAGGAGCAACGGGAGGCUCGAUUGUCGAUGGACCCGAAAGCGCAGCCACCGCAGGCGUCGUCAAACCCGAUGCUCAGACGAACCAAAUCUGCCAAACCGCCUACGAGGCCCACCUUCGAGCUCCCUGGCGAAGCGAUAUCUCGCCGUAAACGCGAGGAAAGAGAAGCGAAGCUCAGGGCUCAGGAGGAGGAGGAACGCAAACGUAGGGAGUUCAAGGCGAAGCCCAUCCGCGCAGCGCCCGCUCCCAGCUCUGCUGUUCGCGGUACGAUUACAAGCCGUGCACGACAAAACAAUGGUGCUCUACCCGAGAACAUAGCCCUUCAAACAUCUCAAACCCCAAACAAGCGAGCCUCGCUUGUGGUAUCUCGCGAGCCACUCUCGAGCACGAACAACCAAAGUCAACCUCGUGGACGUCUUCUUGCAGCAAAUUCCUCCGAAGCGAGUCGCGCAACGUCAACAUCUACUGGUAGCAUCAGUGGGAAGCGCAGCUCAGUGUCUAUCGAGGACGUCCAGCAGCAGCGUCUCCGCGGAAAGGAGGUCCUACAGCGAGACAGCAUGUAUUCCAAGGACCGAGAGCGCGAGAAACGCGAACGUGAAGCCCUGGCUCGUCUGGCAAGAGAGCAAGCAGCAGAGCGCUCGCGUCUGCUAAGCCGACAAUGGGCUGAGAAGCAGAAGCGCAAGCGAAUGACUAUUGGUUCGAUAAAUGACGCAGUGGCGUCGUCUUCAUAG